AUGGUUGCAAUAAAACUUCAAUUGAUUCCAAUUUAGCCGAACAACAGAGUACUUUCUUUACACUUUCAAUCUCACCGCCGAUUAAGGAAGAUGAGCAGAAGAGCUGCAAUCGGUCUCUUUCAUGGAAGAGGAUUUCUCAAUCUAUGCUCGCAUAAAUCGGGUAUUCUCUCUCCUCUGUUCUCUCUCUUCUCUUCCAAAGCUUUUCAACCUAAGGCGAGCAGAAUCGAUUCAGUUCCUGUUAAUGAUUUAGACGAUGCUAUUAAAUUGUUUGUAACAAUGAAGAAUAUGCGGCCGAAGCCUUCUAUUCGAAUGUACAACAGACUUAUGAGUGUUUGUGUGAAGAUUAGGCAGUAUUCUUUUGCCCUGAAUGUGUUCGAUGAAAUUCUUAAGAUGGGUUUCCCUGUUAAUUGUUACACUAUGAAUAUUGCGGUUAACUGUUGUUGUCACCUGAAAGAUAUGCACUCUGGUUUUGCUAUAAUGGCCUUCUUUUUUAAGAGCGGUUACGAACCAGAUGCUGUGACGAUCAGCCCUCUCAUUAAAGGAUUGUCUUUAGAGGGUAAGGAGGGGGAAGCUGUGAACUUAUUCCAAAAGGUUCUGGAUAAAAAAUUUUGCGAGCCUAGUGGUGUUAUGAUUCUGCACUUGAUAGAUAGUUUAUGCAAAACUGGACAGGUUGUUGAAGCUUAUGAUUGGGUUCGUAGAUUAGAAAGUUGUGGGUUGAGACCAGAUGUUUGGGCUUAUAGCGCAUUAAUUGAUGGGUUAUGCAAGGAUGAAAAGCUGGAUGACGCUUUGAAACUUCUACCCGAGAUGGUCAGCAAAGGUAUUUUACCUAAUGUUGUCACAUAUAGUACCGUAAUUAAGGGACUGUGUGACAAUGGUAGGCAUACCGAUGUUAGAAACUUAUUGAAUGAAAUGACCAAUUUUAAGAUAACUUUGGAUGUGAUUACUUAUACUAUAUUGAUUGAUGCAUUAUGUAAAGAAGGAAAGAUGGAAGAAGCCGAGAAUGUGUUGGAAAUUAUGACAAAGCAAAAUAUAUGUCCCACUGUGGUCACAUAUAGUUCACUUAUUGAUGGAUUUUGUAUGAAAGGUGAAACUGAUAGAGCAAAACAGUUACUUGAUUCCAUGGUAGGGAUGGGCCUAAAGCCAAAUAUUGUUAGUUAUAGCAGCUUAUUAAAUGGAUUUUGCAAGAAGGGAAGCGUGGAUGAAGCUUGGCUUCUUUUUCGUGAAAUUCCCAGGAAAGGUUUGGAGCAUAAUAAGCAUACUUAUAAUACCAUGAUACAUGGAUUAUAUAGUAAGAACAGAUUUGCUGAGGGUCGGAAAGUUUUCAAGGAUAUGGUAGAUCAGCAAGUGCGUCCUGACUUGCAUACUUAUACCAUAUUGAUGGAUGGGCUGUGUAGGAAUGGGGAGAUUGAUGAGGCUCUUUCAUUGGUGCGCAUCAUUGAAGAUAAUGGACUUACCCCUAAUAUUGUUAUCUACAACAGCUUAUUAAAUGGAUACUGCAAGAAGAGAAGCGUGGAUGAAGCUUGGCUUCUUUUUCUUGAAAUUCCCGGUAAAGGUUUGGUUCGUGAUACGCGUACUUAUAAUACAAUGAUACACGGAUUAUUCAGUUCGAAUAAAUUUACCGAGGGCCGGAAACUUUUUGAGGGUAUGGAAGCUCAGCUAGUGCAGCCUAACUUGCGUACUUAUACCAUAUUGUUGGAUGGGCUGUGUAGGAAUGGGGAGAUUGAUGAGGCUCUUUCGUUGUUGAGCAUGAUCGAGGAUAAGGGAUUUACUCCUAACACAGUCACGUACGGUGUUGUCAUAAAUGGAUUAUGCAAAAAUGGAAAGCAUGGCAUUGCAAGAGAUCUUUUCAAUCAACUCCCGUCAAAAGGUUUGCAACCUAAUGUGCAUAUAUAUAAUAUGAUCAUUGGUUCAUUUUGUCAAGAAGGGUCCUUGGAGGAGGUAAAACGUUUGCUGGUGGAGAUGGAGGAUCAUGGCUGUGGACCUAAUCAAGUUACAUACAAUGUCAUCAUCGGGAGUCUGCUAAAGCGAAAUGAGGUUGACAAGGCAAGAUCAUUCAUGGAAGAAAUGCGUGAAAAGGGAUUCUCAGCCGAUUCUUCAACUUCUUCGAUGCCAAGUGGAGAUGAUUAUGUCCUCAAAUCGAUGAAGGACCUUGAUCCCAAGGAAAGUUUAUCCUAGUCCAUAUAAAGUGGAGACAUCAUUGUUUCUAGUGCUGGCUUUCUGUAUAUGCUUGUGAUAUCCAAGUUCCCUAUUGCUGCAUGAUGCAAAAAAACUUUCAAAUGUUAUGAAAUUAUAUACGUUUGCAGAAUUUGUUAUAUUUUGAUGAGCUCAUCUCAACUUAACAGUUUGUCGUUGAGGGUGCUACACUAAACCCAGCUAAUUCUACCUAUGCAUUUUACAUGGCUCUACUGCUUUCAAAUCCAUGCUGGCCUAAGACGCGACGCCAAAAAAUAUCAAGACGCCGUCGCUGCCUUCGUUUUACCCUUUCACUUUCAAUACACCUUCAUGAAGAGCUGUCUUUACUUCGCAUGGUUGAAGACUUGAAGAUGAUUUACUCUUAUAUAGUGAUAAUAUAGUUGCUUAGCUCUCUCAUAAAUGUAUUACGUAAAAAAAUUUGGAAUAUUUCCAACCUAAAGUUUGGAUGUAUACACAGAGAGUUGAUGAAUCAUAAAAUCUACUUUAAUAAA